AUGGAGAAGUAUCGAUAUAACGAGAAGUAUCGAUAUAUCGAAAAGUAUCAAUAUAUCGAAAAUACCGAUAUAUCGAUAAGUACCGAUAUAUCGAAAAGUACCGAAAAGAUAUCGAAAAGUAUCGAAAAGAUAUCGAAAAGUAGCGAUAUAAUAUCGAAAAGUAUCGAAAAGAUAUCGAAAAGUAUCGAAAAGAUAUCGAAAAAUAUCGAUAAGUAUCGAAAAGAUAUCGAUAAGUAUCGAAAAGAUAUCGAUAAGUAUCGAAAAGAUAUCGAUAAGUAUCGAAAAGAUAUAGAUAAGUUUCGAAAAGAUAUCGAAAAGUAUCGAAAAGACAUCGAAAAGUAUCGAAAAGUUAUCGAAAAGUAUCGAAAAGAUAUCGAAAAGUAUCGAAAAGUUAUCGAAAAGUAUCGAAAAGAUAUCGAAAAGUAUCGAAAAGAUAUCGAAAAGUAUCGAAAAGAUAUCGAAAAGUAUCUAUAUAUAUCGAAAAUAUCGAUAUAUAAGUACCGAAAAGAUAUCGAAAAGUACCGAAAAGAUAUCGAAAAGUACCGAAAAGAUAUCGAAAAGUAUCGAAAAGAUAUCGAAAAGUAUCGAAAAGAUAUCGAAAAGUAUCGAAAAGAUAUCAAAAAGUAUCGAUAUAUCGAUAAGUAUCGAAAAGAUAUCGAAAAGUAUCGAUAUAUCGAUAAAAAAGAUAUCGAAAAGUACCGAAAAGAUAUCGAUAAGUACCGGAAUGAUAUCGAAAAGUACCGAAAAGAUAUCGAAAAGUACCGAAAAGAUAUCGAAAAGUACCGAAAAGAUAUCGAAAAGUACCGAAAAGAUAUCGAAAAGUACCGAAAAGAUAUCGAAAAGUACCGAAAAGAUUUCGAAAAGUACCGAAAAGAUAUCGAAAAGUACCGAAAAGAUAUCGAAAAGUACCGAAAAGAUAUCGAAAAUUACCGUAAAGAUAUCGAAAAGUACCGAAAAGAUAUCGAAAAGUACCGAAAAGAUAUCGAAAAGUACCGAAAAGAUAUCGACAAGUACCGAAAAGAUAUCGACAAGUACCGAAAAGAUAUCGACAAGUACCGAAAAGAUAUCGAAAAGUACCGAAAAGAUAUCGAAAAGUACCGAAAAAAUAUCGAAAAGUAUCGAUAUAUCGAAAAAAAAGGUAUCGAAAAGUACCGAAAAGAUAUCGAAAAGUACCGGAAAGAUAUCGAAAAGUACCGAAAAGAUAUCGAAAAGUACCGAAAAGAUAUCGAAAAGUACCGAAAAGAUAUCGAAAAGUAUCGAAAAGAUAUCGAAAAGUAUCGAAAAGAUAUCGAAAAGUAUCGAAAUGAUAUCGAAAAGUAUCGAAAAGAUAUCGAAAUGUAUCGAUAUAUCGAAUAUAUCGAUAUAUCGAAAAGUACCGAUAUAUCGAAAAGUACCGAAAAGAUAUCGAAAAGUAUCGAAAAGUACCGAAAAGAUAUCGAAAAGUACCGAAAAGAUAUCCAAAAGUACCGAAAAGAUAUCGAAAAGUACCGAAAAGAUAUCGAAAAGUACCGAAAAGAUAUCGAAAAGUACCGAAAAAUUUUCGAAAAGUAUCGAAAAGAUAUCGAUAAGUAUCGAAAAGAUAUCGAUAAGUAUUUAUAUAUAAUGAAAAAUAAGUAUCGAAAAGAUAUCGAAAAGUAUCGAAAAGAUAUCGAAAAGUAUCGAAAAGACAUCGAAAAGUAUCGAAAAGAUAUCGAAAAGAUAUCGAAAAGUAUCGAAAAGAUAUCGAAAAGUAUCGAAAAGAUAUCGAAAAGUACCGAAAAAAUAUCGAAAAAUAUCGAUAAGUAUCGAAAAGAUAUCGAUAAGUAUCGAAAAGAUAUCGAUAAGUAUCGAAAAGAUAUAGAUAAGUUUCAAAAAGAUAUCGAAAAGUAUCGAAAAGACAUCGAAAAGUAUCGAAAAGUUAUCGAAAAGUAUCGAAAAGAUAUCGAAAAGUAUCGAAAAGUUAUCGAAAAGUAUCGAAAAGAUAUCGAAAAGUAUCGAAAAGAUAUCGAAAAGUAUCGAAAAGAUAUCGAAAAGUAUCUAUAUAUAUCGAAAAUAUCGAUAUAUAAGUACCGAAAAGAUAUCGAAAAGUACCGAAAAGAUAUCGAAAAGUACCGAAAAGAUAUCGAAAAGUAUCGAAAAGAUAUCGAAAAGUAUCGAAAAUAUAUCGAAAAGUAUCGAAAAGAUAUCAAAAAUAUCGAAAAGAUAUCGAAAAGUAUCGAAAAGAUAUCGAAAAGUAUCGAAAAGAUAUCGAAAAGUAUCAUAAAGAUCGAAAAGUAUCGAAAAGAUAUCGAAAAGUAUCGAUAUAUCGAAAAGUAUCGAUAUAUCGAUAAAAAAGGUAUCGAAAAGUACCGAAAAGAUAUCGAAAAUACCGGAAAGAUAUCGAAAAGUACCGAAAAGAUAUCGAAAAGUACCGAAAAGAUAUCGAAAAGUACCGAAAAGAUAUCGAAAAGUAUCGAAAAGAUAUCGAAAAGUAUCGAAAAGAUACGAAAAGAUAUCGAUAAGUAUCGAAAAGAUAUCGAUAAGUAUCGAAAUUUUAUAGAUAAGUAUCGAAAAGAUAUCGAAAAGUAUCGAAAAGAUAUCGAAAAGUAUCGAAAAGACAUCGAAAAGUAUCGAAAAGAUAUCGAAAAGAUAUCGAAAAGUAUCGAAAAGAUAUCGAAAAGUAUCGAAAAGAUAUCGAAAAGUACCGAAAAAAUAUCGAAAAGUAUCGAUAUAUCGAAAAAUAUCGAAAAGUACCGAAAAGAUAUCGAAAAGUACCGAGAAGAUAUCGAAAAGUAUCGAAAAGAUAUCGAAAAGUAUCGAAAAGAUAUCGAAAAGUAUCGAAAAGAUAUCGAAAAGUAUCUAUAUAUAUCGAAAAGUAUCUAUAUAUAUCGAAAAUACCGAAAAGAUAUCGAAAAGUACCGAAAAGAUAUCGAAAAGUACCGAAAAGAUAUCGAAAAGUACCGAAAAGAUAUCAAAAAGUACCGAAAAGAUAUCGAAAAGUACCGAAAAGAUAUCGAAAAGUACCGAAAAGAUUUCGAAAAGUACCGAAAAGAUAUCGAAAAGUACCGAAAAGAUAUCGAAAAGUACCGAAAAUAUAUCGAAAAGUACCGAAAAGAUAUCGAAAAGUACCGAAAAGAUAUCGAAAAGUACCGAAAAGAUAUCGAAAAGUACCGAAAAGAUAUCGAAAAGUACCGAAAAGAUAUCGACAAGUACCGAAAAGAUAUCGAAAAGUACCGAAAAGAUAUCGAAAAGUAUCGAAAAGAUAUCGAAAAGUAUCGUUAA